AUGAAGGGUUUUGAGUGCUUUGCCAGAUCAUGCGAAAGCUGGACUCGGUGGUUUAAUCGGGACCAUCCUGGAACGACUGGUGACUGGGAGGUUCUUUCCCAUCUCCGUCCGGAGAACCCAGGGCAGAUCUGCCGCUCACCGACCGACAUCCAGGCCCGCGUCAUCUCUACCGGGCAGGACGCGUUUCUAACGGGAGAAGUCUUCGCGUCCUUUGACGUCACAACCGGAUUCGUCUGCAGGAUGAGAGAUCAGCCCGACGGCACCUGUCUCGACUAUGAAGUUCGCUUCUGCUGCCCUAUUCCAGACUGCCCUGGCGGGUCCUGGACGACAUGGUUCGACCGUGAUAAUCCUGGUGGCGUCGGUGACUGGGAAGCGCUGGUCCAUCUUCGCCCUGAAAACCCUGGCCAGAUCUGUUCCAACCCUACAGCCGUGCAUGCGCGCGUCAUCAGCACACAAGUGGAGGCGUCGCUGACAGGGCAGGUUAUCCACUGGUACGACACGACAAACGGCUUCGCCUGCGUAAACAGGCAACAGAACGAUGGCGACAGAUGCCUAGAGUAUGAAGUUCGUUUCUGCUGCCCUCCAUGUACAAACUGGACACCCUGGUUUGAUCGGGACAAUCCAGGAGGAGGUGGUGACUGGGAGGUUCUUUCCCAUCUCCGUCCGGAGAACCCAGGGCAGAUCUGCCGCGCACCGACCGACAUCCAGGCCCGCGUCAUCUCUACCGGUCAGGACGCGUUUCAAACUGGAGAAGUCUUCGCGUUCUAUGACGUCACAUCCGGGUUCGCCUGCAGGGCGAAAGAUCAGCCCGACAGUAUCUGUCUUGACUAUGAAGUUCGCUUCUGCUGCCCUCUUCCAGACUGCCCUGACGGGUCCUGGACGCCAUGGUUCGACCGUGAUAAUCCUUCUGCCACCGGUGACUGGGAAGCGCUGGUCCAUCUCCGCCCUGAAAACCCUGGCCAGAUCUGUUUCAACCCUACAGCCGUGCACGCGCGCGUCAUCAGCACACAAGUGGAGGCGUCGCUGACAGGGCAGGUUAUCCACUGGUACGACACGACAAACGGCUUCGCCUGCGUAAACAGGCAACAGAACGAUGGCGAGAUGUGCCUGGAGUAUGAAGUUCGUUUCUGUUGCCCUCCAUGCACAAAUUGGACACCCUGGUUUGAUCGGGACAACCCUGGAACGACUGGUGACUGGGAGGUUCUUUCCCAUCUCCGUCCGGAGAACCCAGGGCAGAUCUGCCGCUCACCGACCGACAUCCAGGCCCGCGUCAUCGCUACCGGGCAGGACGCAUUUCAAACGGGAGAAGUCUUUGCGUUCUAUGACGUCACAACCGGGUUCGUGUGCAGGAUGAAAGAUCAGCCCGACGGCAAGUGUCUCGACUAUGAAGUUCGCUUCUGCUGCCCUCGUAAGUACCAUGUAAUUGUUUGUGAUCAGAUCUAG